UUGUAAAAAGUGSCUAUAGGGCAUUCAUAACAAACUUUAGUGUAGCUCCUUUCUAACACAAGGUUUUUCCCAAGUAAUACGCCUCUGUAGACGAAAGUGAAAGAUUGUAAAAAAGAGUGAGAGAGUCUUUAUCUGUGUAUGGAGCAGUCAGCAGAGACAGGCAGUAGUCAGCAGCACCAUUAUCUGUUGUCAAACAGGGGCCUCUCUUGGCCCCCGUGCACACUGAUAAACACAGCCUAGCACAUAAUCACCUACUAGACACACAGGUCUUCUCAGAACCACAUGUCCCAGAGGUGUGUGUACUGCUCAAUGUGUGUGUAGCAGUUUUAGUAGUGGGGGAGGGGAGUUUGAGUUGGUUCAUGAAGCUGAAUGAAGAGGCGAAUGUCAGUAUGAUAUUCUGCUUGCACUGUAUGCCGUAACAUGUCAGAGAAACAACAACUCUAAUACACUUGAAAUGACAUGUUCAGUUGUUUUGUGCAAAACAAAGUGCAUAACAUUCAUUAGCUAGAAUUACAUCUGUUUAUUCUCUUUCUCUUUGGAAUUGUUUUGCUGGCCGUAGAUUUCUGCUCAGGAUCCAAAAACAGGGAGGGGUAGCGAGGGGGGAGAUAGCACAACUGUUCAUUCACUCCUUCUCCUGGUUAAGAGGAGAGGACUGGAGUAAGAAAAGGAGUUGGCAUAGAACACACACACACACACACUUACGUCCCACCCCCCAACAGUCAUCAGAAGAUACAUGAACGGAGAAGAUUUGAAGUCACGUUCACUACUGAGAGAGAAAGAGGGGGGGAUACGGUAGACGGGUAGAAUGGAGAGACGACAACUGUAAAAAGAAAGUAGGCUACUUGGCCUGUCAAAUUGGAUAAGAGACAGGUGUAACUGUUUUCAGGAUGACUGGUUACUUACAAUUUGCAAUAGUCUAACCAUUGUGAGAUGGUCAUGUAAAAGAAAAUACAAACCUCACAUUAUUGUCACCACUGUAACCUGUGUAAAGUUGACGUCUAACUCGAACUGAUCAUAUGUCUGGGACACAAGCUGCUGUGCUGCCAUCCUUCAGCUCCUUCUCAAACUGUGUUCACUCCAAUGACAUUAUGAAGGUGUGGAAAUUUGAGGAUGGCGCUCUCAGUCUGGACUCUCAAACCAAGAGGACGUCACCUGGCAACACCAGUGACCAGCAGCCAGUUCUUCCUCACCUGGACGAUGAAAGUGAAACCUCAUGGGACAUGGAGUUCUUGUUGUCUGACUGGAGCAGCCCAUCACCUGAGRUGAACRCCUCUCUGGACUACAACACUCAGCAUCUUCCUCAACCGGACCAAACUGGACUCUACCAUGAUGGAGGAGGGGUGUUGACGGACCAAAUAAGUCCAGACAGGCUUCUUACGGGCAGCAGUAGCCUGAUGGUUGAGCUYCUCASCCCCUUGGAGACCAUUGGUUCAGGCAUACCAGAACUUUACAACCAACAGGUUCGGUCAUCAUCAUCAUUAUCAUCAUUCCCCAUUCAACCAAACGUGGACCAGUAUGGUUUCAACCCCGGAAGCAACCAGGAGAGACAUGGCAGAGAUAGAGCCACUGCUGUCCUCACUAAGGCCAAAUCAUGGGACUUUGGAAUGGGACACUACUACCCCCAACAACACACUUCCAUGGUYACGUUUCAAGAUGGCAGAUUCCUCCAAGCCCCUGUCUCCAUGACAACCUCUAUGACCUCUGAAUCUCGAACCCACCACUACAGCUUCCUCCAAAACUACCCCCACCACCUGGGUCUAUACCGCCACCAGAGAGACUACAACCUCCACGGCCACCACCACCAACAAGCCUCCUCCAACCACUUCCCCUACUCCCAGCACCAGCAGCCCCACCUAGCUAUCACCUCCUCAGGGGUUCCCCUUGGAGGCUUGGAGGGGAAGAACGGCCGCAGGACUGUGGUGAAGAAGAGAGCUGCUACACACAGCUGUGAAUACUCAGGUUGUAGUAAGACCUAUACCAAGAGCUCCCACCUCAAGGCUCACCUCCGCACGCACACAGGUAAGAAUACAUACAUUAGAAUACAUUACACAGGUAAGAAUAUAUAAAUUAGAAUACAUUAC